AUGAGACUUGUGAUGGCUGAUAGGUCAGUUAAAAGUCUAGUUGGUUUUCUUUGUGAUGUUUUGGUAAAAGUGGAGAGCUUUAUUUUGUUUGCCGAUUUUGUGAUCUUAUAUUGUGAUAUUGAUUUUGAAGUUCCCAUAAUUUUGGGGAGGCCAUUUCUAGCCACAAGGAAAGCAUUGGUUGAUGUGGAAAGUGGCAAGUUGAUGUUCAGUUGGGAUUGGGGUGAUGAAAUAGCAACUGAUAAUGAGGAGGACAGCACAAAUGGUGCCAAUGAGGAUAAUGGCGACUCUAUUGAGAGUAAUCACAUUCCGGCGACCACGACUAGUGAGACACCAGCUAAUCUGACCAUUCCCAUUGAGAUCCGUGUUCCAGAGAUAGAUCCUACUAAGGAGAAGGUAUCAGCUGAUGCAAGUUCUAACACCACUCCAACUACUAAUGCCCAGAGCUUCGCAGAGAAAUUGAGUUUUUAUGUUGGAUAA